AUUACGUCAGAAUGUCAAAGAUAGUUCUAGAGGUAUUAUCAGGCGUUUUAUACGAUCGCUUAUUCUUAGAUACAAUGACUGGAGAAAUACUUGAUCGUAAAAAGUUGGACAUAACAGAAAUGUGUAAGAAAUAUUGUGCUUUAAAAAUAAACUUUCCAAGUCAAGGCUUUAGGAAAAUAGAAGAGGUUGACGAGAUUUCUACCAAUGAAACUACUAUUGGUGACGACAUUCAACGGAUACGUGUGAUCAGAAAUGAAAUGCAGCAUUCUUCUGUCUUUGCAUUAGAUGACACACGAUACGAAACACUAAUCGAAAUAGUUCGUGCUAUGCUAACUAGAUUUGAUCAGUGUAACAAUCCAGCAGGUGAAUCCUACGUAAAACGAUUAGACGAAAUCAUGAAAAUGGAAUUAGAGACCAGGAGUUUUGAAGAGAUAAAAGAAAGAAUGAAAGCAGGAUUGAUAGAAAAGAUAGAAAAGAUUCAUGCAGUUGUCGAUAGUGUGGUAUCUGAUGCUUUGAACGAUAUUUGUUAACUCAUUUUUGUAUUCACCAUUUGCGGUCAAUGGGAUAUUGAAUACUGAAUAUGUGAAAAAUUGGCAUAAUGGAAAAAUGUAAUGAUCUACUCAAACUAUAAUUUACUAAUUAAAUUGACAAAAAAGUCAAUGGUAAACAAUAAAUAUAAACAAGAAGAUGCGGUUUGAAAACUAUCAAUUUGAGUCCCAAUGUAAUAAAAGUUAACAAUAGGUCAAAGUACGAAGCCGCGGCGCACACCAAUCAGCAAACUAUAAAUUCUAGCGUAAAACCAUUCAUACAGGACGACCGAGGUCUUAUAACAGAGUAACACAUAUGAACCAAACCAACAAACCACAUCUGUGGAAUAAUAGGUUACUGACUUAGGACAAGCGCAUACAAAUGCAGAAUGUGUUUGAUAUAUUAACUAGUAUUUCAAGAUAAGUUAAAACAUAGUUGUUAAUCAUAAAGUUAAAUCAUCAAUAUGUUUUAUCAUUAAAAGAAAGCUUCAUGUCGAAGUUGUGAAAUCAAGGUAACAUUUUUAGAACAGUUCAUUAUAGAAUGAGUGUCUAGCUGGCUAGUUUUGUCAUUUUCAUAAGGUGGGCGUACUGAUAUAAUACCAGUUAGACACCAUUUGAAGCAAUAAUUUCAAUGUCCAACAUUCUUAACAUAUUGACCAAAUUACUUAUUAACUUCAGUUUUACAUAAUUAAUCAAUCAAUCAAUCAAAAUUGUGUCAUUUCAACGCAAAGUAAUCAAUAUACUUUGCGUUGAAAUGACACAAUGUUGAUUGAUUGAAUGAUUGAUUGUUAAUUGCUAAACGUACGGUGGCAAAUGUUUCAUGAAUGUUCAGGACAAAAACAAAAUAACAAUGAAUACCACCACAGCUCCUGUAAUAGAAGCCGUCUGGGAUUAAGGUCAGAGAAAUUUACCUGUAAGGGUGUGUAUGAUACUGGUAAAGAUGGUUUACAAACAAUAACAUAACAAUUUAUUCAACUAAACAUAGAUUAAGGGAUUAAGGUCAGUGAAAUUAAGACAGCCACUGGAAAUUACCUGUAUAUGUGUGUAUGAUACUGGUAAGAUGAUUUAUGAACAAUAAAAUAACAAUGUAUUCCACUAUACUUUACUAUACUAGACGAAGACUUUGCAAAAAACAAGAUCAUUAUUCAUAUUUAUUUAUAUAAUUAUCAUUAGAUUGCAUUCUUUCUUAGCCGUGAUCGAUAAAGUUUAAAAUCGUUGACUCUCCAACUUUUUUUUUGUUUGUUAAAUGACUACGUGGAAAUUCCACGAAAUUAUCAAGUCUGAAUCCGCCUUUUAGCUCACCUGGCCAAAUAGGCCAAAUUUACUAACCACAACCAUCAUUCGGCAAUCUAGUUUAAAAAAUAAAAGUGUCCGAUGACCCUGCUUGUCAACCAAGAUGGCCAAAAUGGCUAAACUAGUCUAAUGGGAAGUAAAAUACAAGUUUUGACUAUUACUUUGAAUACCGUUAUAAAAAGAGAAAAUCUGACAAGAACUGUUCAGAAUGUUAAGCUUUAUCAAUUGUCACAACUGUCAGACGACUUCCUUUAGGAGUUGUUGCACUUAAAACAAUGAUAAAUGUUUCUAUUUGUUUGUCAUGAUUUCUUUGUAUAUUGAAAACAAUAAUAAUAGAUAGAGAGAAACUUUAAAUAGCAAAAAUGAUAUAGCACGACAUGUUCUACAAAUAAUUCUAAAAAGGUCAAAAUCGUCAGUCGACUCCUUAUUCGAGUUAUCUUAAAAGUCAUAAAAGAUAGACAAAUGAUAGAUAGAAAUUGAAAUAAACGAAAAUUAUCUAAAGUCUAGCACUGGAGAUGCAAAGUCUAGUGCUAUAGAUAAUUUUACUAGCCGUUGGGUUAUCUUUUUUUUCAAGUAUUUGAAAGUGUUUGAGAUAAUAUCAAGUAUCAAAAACGUUCGUCGACGCAACUCCCAGCAUAUUUUGGGCCUGUUCAAAGUCAGGCUAUGUACACCAUGUGUUUGUUGGUGUUUUACCUAAAUAUUUAAAAAUUUGUGCAUGAUUUUGUAUUUUAACCUUUUUAAUCGAGUGUUACUGAUAAUUGUUGUGUAAACGAAACACACAACGGCGUACACAAUGAUAAGCUUGGAAUCUUUUAUGAGUUUUUUUUCUGUGUUGCACGUCUGUUUUUUUAUUUAAGAAUUAAAUGCUUCUUUUUGUAAAUUUCGGAAGCGCUUCAUACUAAAAAUGUGCGCACGGUCAACAAUUUUACAACCCUAUAAAGUUACAAAAAGAAGCAUGCAAUACUUAUAAUUACAUUUUUUAGCUAUUAUCAUGAAAACACGAAUUUUAUAAAUUUUGUAUUUUAUUCACCUGUGCACUUUAUUGUGGGACCACUUGCUAUCAUGAAUGAACAAGUUUUAUUGAGUGAUAAAAUUGCUUACGGAAUAACACGUGAUGUGCAGUUAGCCAAUCAAAAUAAAGUAUUACAAUGAAACAUACAUCUAAUGUAAUUAUUAAAGAGAAGUCGAGGUUGUAAGUUCAAAUGGCAAUAUUUUUUGGCAGUUCUACAACAUGUAACUUUUCAUUUCAUCAGCAAUAUCAAUAUUUGUAUAGUUAUUCAUUUUCUUCAACUAAUUCGUUUAUUCAUUUAUCAGCUAUUUUUAUUGGUACUGUGUGAACAUAUGUUUUAAAUAUUCUAUAAUAUUGUCAGAAAAGGUGUUGCAACAGUUACAAUAAUCCCAUAAUAAUAAUGUCAUACAUAAUAUAUUUUUUCUUGUAUUCAAUCAUUCCAAACGUGUAAAUAAAAGUCCUUUGCAAAAUUUAGUGACUUUGUACAUAUCUUGAAAAAUUAAGAUUUACAAAUUUAACAUG